CUCCUACACUACACCAAACACUGUGUGUUCAACAGACCCUGCUGGUUAAUGAUCUCGCCCAUAAGUAAUGUUUUAACCUUCCAUUGGUUUGUGUUUGCUUCAAAAGCCACAAAGCCAAGGAGGAAGUGUAGGAGAACGUGGGCAGGACAGUGGCCAGGAGCCUCAUGACCUCAUCUUUUUCCGCCUCACGGGGAUUGGUGGCUGUGCUUGGGACAGGGUUUAAAUCCCCAGAGCUCAGAGAUGUCAGGAGCAGGGGACGAGGGGAGAAAGCCAGAGCUGCUGGGAGCCAGCUGGUUGGAGCUGCUGUUGUCGUGGCUGAUUCCUUCUGCACCAGAAAAGGUAAAAUAUCACAAUGAAGGUGGCAGUUCUGUGUUUAUGCCUUAUCAGCAUCACCUCUGCAUGGCCUGUGAUUCAAUCCAGGCAGCAUACAACUUCUGCCAGCUCCGAAGAAAAAUAUGACUCCAGGGGCCAUCUCUUGGGCAGAUAUCACGAUGACCACGUGAAUUCUCACUCUCAGGAGAGCCAGCAGGACACACAGAGUGACCUGGCAUCAUCUCAGCAGACCCUUUACUCUUCAGAAGAAAGCGUGGAUGCCCCAGAAGAGCUGCCCUCUCCUGAUGUGUCAAGCAAGAGCCAUGAAGAUGUGGAUGAUGAUGAUGACGAUGACAAUGACUCCAAUGACACGGAUGAAUCUGAGGAGGUUGCCACCAGUUUUCCUACAGACAUUCCAGUCACUGAACCCUUCCCCACUUUCCCUUUCACCCGGGGAGACAAUGCUGGCAGAGGUGACAGUGUGGCCUACAGGAUGAGGGCAAAAGCCGCGCUCCUGAGGGCAAAAGCCGCCCUGGUGAAGUCCAUCAAACUCCACAAAGCUAACAAAAAGCUCAUCUACGAUGCCACGGAGGAAGACGACAGCUUCGCGGAUGCAGACAGCCAGAGCUCCGUGUCCCGGGAGGAUUCUGCUUCCCGCAGCUCCCUGAGGAAGCGCUCCAGGAGCGCGGGAUGGUUCGGCCGGAGCCACGGGCGGGACAGCAGGGAGAGCCAGGACAGCAUUUCGAGUGUGGAAAGCAAAGAAAGCCGGGACAGCCUGCCCAGUGUGGAAAGCAAAGAGAGCCGGGACAGCCUGCCCAGCGUGGAAAGCAAAGAAAGCCGGGACAGCAUCUCGAGUGUGGAAAGCAAAGAGAGCCAGGACAGCCUGCCCAGUGUGGAAAGCAAAGAAAGCCGGGACAGCCUGCCCAGUGUGGAAAGCAAAGAAAGCCGGGACAGCCAGCCCAGUGUGGAAAGCAAGGAAAGCCGGGACCGCCUGUCAGCUGAGCUCUCUGACGAUAUCAGCAACCAAACCCUGGAAAGUGCCGAGGAUUCUCAAGAUCGUCACAGCAUCGAGAGUAACGAAGUCACAGUUUAAAGGGAGACAAAUAUAAUGUUUCCCUUCUUUUUCAAUCCCAGCCUAAGGGAAGUGGGGAGUAGCUUCAUUUCGGGGAACUGUUUGUUAAUGUAGUUCGCGUGGUGACUUUCGGGGCUCGGGGCGGUCCAUGGCCCCCGGGGCUGUGCCGGCGGAGGCUGCGGGACACGGCGGGCGAGCAUCGCUGCUCCCUGCGCUGCCGGGCGGUGUUCGCUGUAACGGGAAUUAAAUAAAACCUCGACCCCCUGUACCUGCGUUAUUGUUCACUGGGGCUUGGGCCGGGUGGGGGGGAGCUUUAAAACUUCUUCGAAUGAUGUGAAAUCGCUGUUCCCCGCAAAUUUAACCUCUUC